UUUAUUUUUACAUAACACCAAAAUAAAAAAUAGAAUAUAGUAGGUGGAACUAUAGAGCUAUACAAACAUGUACAGUAGGUGGCGGUAUUCACCCAUUUGCAAUCCGCCGAUCUAACAAAGAAGAAGAAAAAGGUGCAACAGGGAAACAGUUCCCUUCUUUUUAUAAAACAAGCGUUAUAAGAGAGGAAUGGAUCCGCUGGAGCACAUGCUGACAGACCCUCUGGAUCCAAAAGAGGAAGACGGAGGACAAAUCACUGAAGAAUGCAUGCUUGGGAACUGCAAAGUGGACCUCCCAGAGGAUCUGCUGGAAGAUCCUGACAUAUUCUUCUCUGUGCUGAGUGAAGGGACCUGGAAUGAUGUACUGACAGAUUCUCAGAGGCAACAUCUUCGACAGUUUCUGCCACAGUUUCCUAACGAUAAUACCGAGGAGCAGGAGAGCACCAUCAGAGACUUGUUCAACAACACAAACUUUCAUUUUGGAAACCCACUGCAUCUUGCUCAGAGGCUAUUCAGAGAUGGUUACUUCAAUCCAGAGGUGGUCAAGUACAGACAGUUGUGUGCCAAAUCCCAAAGGAGGCGACAACUGCAUUCCCUUCAGCAGUAUUACCAUAGACUCCUGAAGCAGAUUCUCGUCUCCAGAAAGGAGCUGCUCGACUUUGCAGUUCAGAAUGGUCUCGACUUUCCUCCAAAAAGACGGCUGCCGAACAAAACUCAGGCGGAAAUGCGUGACUUAAGAGUGAGAAGAAGACUGAACCGCAUUCUGAAGGAGGUCAAAGCUGAGUGUGAAGACAGCAACGCCUCCUCUGAUGAAGAUGAUAUCUCACUGUGGAACGCAACCCCUCCGUCUCCCUCCUCUCCCACUGCUACUGUCUCGCUCCGAGUUCUUCCUAGCCUGUCGACUCCAGACAUGAAGGUUACAGAUAAAGCUGAAUUAGGUGAACUGGAUUUAAAAGUCAUGCUGCAUCACCAUCGUGAGAAAAGGAAACGCCAACCAGAUCAUCCAGACUUGGUUACCUCUGAUAUCCACCUGGGGGAUAUACUUUCAAGAGCAAACAUUGGCCGGAAGGGCCCUUUGCCAGCACUUUUCGAUCUGCCGCUGCCAAAGAAGAAAAUGAGGGAUGAAAGGAAGAAGAAGAAACUUAAGGCAAUAAAAAUCGAGUCAGAGGAUCCUUGUGAAAUUUUGACACCUUCAGACUCCUGCUCAGCCCCACCGGUGAACAUCAUCAACUCUCUGCCAGACACGCCCUCCACACCGCUUACCAACAUCAAAGAGGAAAUUGUAGAGGAAGCCCAAAGCAGCCCUGUUGCACUGGAGGAAAUAACCGCCAGUUUCUUCAGCUUGUUGGAAAACAUCUUCAGAUCAGAGGGUCCUGCCAGCACCUUGAUGUUGGAGGAUAAGGUUCAGACGUGGCAGUCCUCUCCAGCCAGUUCGCUCAACGCAUGGUUUUCCUCUGCCUCAUGUUGGUCGGAUCUGGUUCUUCAAGCUCUCCAGUUUCUUGCAGGAGAAACUAAAGAUGGCAUGAUGGCGCUCCCUAGUGGCUUUUCACCAUUUGUGGAGUUUGUUGAAGAAUUCCAGCAGUGGAGGUGGAUUGGCCCCACUCAGGAUACGGAGAAGGAUCUCAGCGCACUCUGUCAACUCUGGCUGGACUCCAAAGAUUUUGUCGUCAAGACAGAAAAUGAAGACAUGUUGGAGAUUACAUCAUCUACACCCAAACUUUCGACUGACUAUGUGGUGCGUCCCAGCACUGGAGACGAGAAACAAGUGUUUCAAGUCCAGGAGCAGCAGCGAUAUAACCAGCCCCACAAAGCCUUUACCUUCAGGAUGCACGGCUUUGAGUCGGUGGUGGGUCCAGUUAAAGGCGUGUUUGACAAAGAAAUGUCCUUGAAUAAAGCCAGAGAGCACACACUGCUUCGUUCAGACCGGCCGCCAUACGUCACCAUCCUCUCUCUGGUUCGCGAUGCAGCUGCCAGGUUACCCAAUGGAGAGGGAACAAGGGCAGAGAUCUGUGAACUUUUGAAAGACUCGCAAUUUCUUGCUCCGGACGUCACAAGCGCACAAGUGAACACGGUUGUCAGUGGGGCUUUGGAUAGACUUCACUAUGAGAAGGACCCCUGUGUGAAGUAUGACAUCGGCCGCAAGCUGUGGAUUUACCUGCACCGCCACCGCAGCCAGGAAGAGUUUGAGAGGAUCCAUCAGGCUCAAGCUGCAGCUGCAAAGGCAAGAAAAGCUCAGCAGCAAAAACCCAAACCAGCGCCUAAACCGAAGUCUGGAAGUAAAGACGGAGGAAGCAAAACACCUGGAUCUCUGGACGCAGGACUGGACCUUGGUUGUAACUCCAUGUCUCCCGUCCCUUCAACUCCAACCCCAAACACUCCUGGAACCCCUAAAUCACCGCUUCCUCUCUCUGCUACCACACCAACAAAGGCUGGAGUCUCAGAUACAAUGAAGUCCAGCCCAGGCGUUCUUCUUGUCUCUCCGCCAUCGCUGCCUCAGCUGGGAACAAUCCUGCCUACAAGUCAAGCUUGUCCACCUGCCUCACAGCCGGUAACCUCCCAGCAAGCGGCUCGGAUAGUGAGUCACCUGGCAGCGAGUUCCCUCCCCCAGGUUCGGGUCGUUUCUGCUCAGCCUGGCCUGGGUCCCCCGGCAGUCACUCAGCAGGCCACACUCGUGCAUCAGACCACUCACCAGAUCCGGAUGCCUGUGUCAGUGGCCGCCAAGAGCCUUUCACAGGCUGUUGUUUCUGUGCCGCUAAGGAGUCCGUCCUGCACCAGUCCAGUCCAGGUUCCAACCACCCUUUCUGUGUCGACUUUGACCGUAACCAAACCCCAGACUGGAUCUCCAGGUAGCCCCGCUAACAACCCCACCUCUCCAGCUGUGCUGCAAGGCGUCACCUCCCCGAACAUAAAACAGGUGUCCAUUACUGGACAGCUGGGAAUGAAGACUGCAGGUGGAGCAGGGAUUCCAAUAACUGCAACAAACUUGCGUAUCCAGGGUAAAGAUGUCCUUCGUCUUCCCCCAUCCUCCAUCACCACAGAUGCUAAAGGUCAAACGGUGCUACGGAUAACCCCAGACAUGAUGGCCACUCUCGCAAAAUCUCCGGUUGCCACCGUAAAACUGACCUCUGACUUCCUGGGCGGGGCGGCCGCUGGCAGUAAGAGCAUAUCGGCUACUCUCCAUGUAGCUCCAUCUCACCCAUCCCCGUCUACAGCCUCUGGUACGCCACCCAGCGCCGCAGAGGCACUGACUGCUAAAUCAAGCCCCGUCACCUCUGCUUUGCUGAAGGCUGGAGGAGACACGGCCAUAAGGUUGAUGCCAACGUUGGCUGUCAGCGUGGCAGACCAAAAACCCAGAACCUUCUCCACCGUGGCGUCCCCAGACAAGAGCGGCGCAACCAUCCGGAUCAUGCCAGGCCUGGGGGUCAUCCCACAGAAGCAGGGUCAGACCAUCACCAUGACAACGGCAAGUGGUAGCAAACCGCUGACGGCGUCAACAUGUGCCAACAUUGUAACCAUGGCAGCAAGCGUUGUGGCUGGAGCUAAAGGGAUCACCGUGGCUCCUGGAGCCUCUGCUUCUCCUCUGUCACUGGGAGCAGCUACAGCUACUGUGAGACAAGUCCCUGCUUCAGUUGUUACAACACAAACGGGAAAGCUACCUGCACGGAUCACAGUUCCUUUAUCUGUCCUCAACCAACCCCUAAAGAGCAAGAGUGUGGUGACGACUCCUCUAGUGAAAGGAAACCUCAACACAAAUAUCAGCAGCCUGGGCAGGAACAUCAUCCUGACCACCAUGCCUGCUGGCACAAAACUAAUAGCGGGAAACAAGCCGGUCAGUUUUGUCACAGCGCAACAAUUCCAGCAGCUCCAGCAACAAGGACAGGCAACACAGGUUCGGAUCCAAACGGUUCCAGCGCAGCAGAUUCAGCACCACAUGGCAGCUACUUCCCCCAAAUCCGUUUCAACUGUGGUCGUCACAACAGCGCCUUCACCUAAAUGUGCGCCUGAUCCUCCACCUGCUCCUCAGCAGUGAUCUGAUCAUUGUCAGUCUUACAUCAAGGGUUUCAGCCUUGUUCUCUGUUAGAGGCUGUUUAUGUAUUCAAAGUAUUAAUUUAACUAAAAAUUAUUUCUCCUUUAUUUUUUCCACAUUGUUACAGGAUCAUUUAUAAGACAACUGUCGGAAAGUACUACUAAACCUUUCUGGAUAUUCCUCUUAAUUGGUAGUUUUCCACUUUGUUUCUUGUCAUGAGAUCAUAAAAUCAUAACUAUUAGAUUGAAUUUGAGUUUUUUUAUGCAUGUGUUGUGCGCAUGGCAAUGAAUAAAAAAAAAACAUGUUUCAAGAUA